AGUUUCCUCUUCCUUCUACCACCUGCCCCGACGUCCUCCUUUUAUUUUCCCUCCCGUCCUGUGCACAAACCAUCCUCACGCCGCGCCUCCUGUUUCUCGCACCCUCUCCAUUCAUCUCAUUCUCUCUGUUUCACUCAGUUCGUUUCUCAACAAAACCUAAGGCCUCUACUCACCAAUCGUUUCAGCAAAAUAGUGUUGUCAACAAACUGCUUCCAUGGCCGUUACCAGUCCAAACCCUCCUCUUCCUACACCUUCUAGGGUCAGCUCCACCACCAUCCACACGGCCGUCACCGCACUCCUUAAAUGGAGAAACUCCAAGUCGGGGACCCAGAAACCCCAGCUUUUACAGCAAGACGAAUUCGUCUACCUCAUACUCACCCUCAAGAAAAUACCAUCCCAAUCUCGCACUAACCCCCAUAAGAUCCUACUCCCACACGCCAUACAAUCCCCCCAACUCUCCCAAGAGCUCUGUCUCAUCAUCGACGAUCGACCCCACUCCAAUCUCACCAAAGCCUCCGCCAUAUCGAAGAUCGAUUCCGACCAAGUACCUGUCUCCAAAGUCCUCAAGUUGUCCAAGCUGAAAUCGGACUAUCGCCCAUUUGAGGCCAAGAGGAAGUUGUGUGAUUCGUAUGACAUGUUCUUUGCGGACAAGAGGGUUGUGCCCCUCUUGCCGGGGUUGCUGGGGAAGCACUUUUAUAAGAAGAAGAAGAUUCCGGUGCCCGUGGACUUGAAGCACAAGAAUUGGAAGGAGCAGAUUGAGAAGGCGUGCUCUUCGGCCUUGUUAUUCUUGAGAACGGGGACUUGUAGUGUCGUGAAGGUGGCGAGGGUGAGUAUGGAGAAGGAGGAGAUUGUAGAGAAUGUGGUGGCUGCGAUUGAGGGAAUUUCGGAGAUUGUACCACGGAAGUGGGGCGGUGUGAGGUCGUUGCAUUUGAAGCUGCUGGGCUCAUUGGCUUUACCGGUUUAUCAGGUGGUGCCAGAUGUGAGGUUGAGGAUUGAGGGAAUAAAAGAGGAAGAGGGAAAGGGUGAAGUGGCUGGCAAAGGUAAGAGUAAGAAAGGCGAGCGCGUGGGGAAGAAGAGGGGGAGGAUUCAUGAAGUGAAGUAUAUGGACGGGAAUGUAGGUGAGGUGAUUCAUGAAGAUGAAGUGGGGAGUGAUGAGAUUGAGGGUGGAGAUGUUGGUGAUGGUGAGAAUGGUGAAAUGGAUCUUGGUGAGUCAGGGAAUAAGAAGAGAAAAAAGGGAGAUAAGACUGAAGUGGGGGUUUCUGGUGAGUCGAAACACUUGAAGAAGCUGGCUAAGCUGAAGAACAAAGUUAUUCUAACAGAGACAAGAGAUGAGUUGUUGGCUGCGAAGGGGAAGAAGGAAGAUGGUAUAAAGAAAGGGAGUGUUGGUUUGUCUGUUGAAGAUGGGGGAUCUGCUGGAAAGAAGGAGAAGAGUGGGAAGAUGAAAUUGAGGAGUGCUGAAAUGAAGGUGAAGGCUAGGAAAAGCAAGAAAGCAGCUGGGUAGUUUGAUUCGGAAGACUGAGAGAAGUUAGAGAUGGUAAUUCGUCCUCUUGCAGAUGCUUUUUUCAAGUAUCAAAUAGCUUGUACUUUUGUCUUAUUUCUUUUUGUUCGACAAUGAGAAUUCUGCUGAUCUAAAUUAGUAACCACUUUUGUUUUUUUGACUAUUUGAUUUAUGAAGAGAAUUAUAGAGUGGAUGAUUUUA